AUGCUACCUGCUACCAUCUCGUGUUCAUUCGCCUUUAUGUUACCGGUCGCUACCCCACCAAAUGCUAUUGUGUUUGCUGGUGGAUAUCUCAAAGUCAAGGACAUGGUAUGUACUACGCUUUGGUACAAUUUUAAUGGUCUUUUUUCUUCGUCUUUUUGCAGUGUAGUGUAAGUUAGCUAAAGUAUUGCGAGGUCCGGGUACUUUGUAACAUAAUAUAACACAAAUCGUCUGGAAACUCAAAACACUCACUCCUCUACAUAACGUGUCGGAUCGUGAUAGUACAGUUGCGAAUCUGGCAUGAAAUACUAUAAGCUAAAAAUUGGAAAACAUCACACCCAGCUUUAUUUUCUUCACAGAAUAGUUUGGGUCCCAAGCCCCAAAGCCUCUCCCUAGAACUAUCAUAAAAUUUUAGAAAACGAUUGCUUGCCGUUCCGAAGUGAGGAUGGAUAGCGUUAGUACUCAUGCUGUCUUCAAUGUAGCAAGUCUCAUGUACACAAGUUUUGCCGAUUGCAGGUUUCGCUCGGGCAUCAUAGCAGUUAUAUAAUUUUUUUUCUUUUCCAUCAUUUUCAGGCAAAAGCUGGAUUUGGAAUGAACAUCCUAGCCGUGAUAGUGUUAGUGAUUUGUAUAAACACCUAUGGUGUGUCCAUGUUUGGUCUGGACACAUUUCCCGCCUGGGCCUCAAGU